UGGGGUAUGGGAGUGGGGAGUAGGGGGUGCAUGGGGUGGCCGCGACGGGGGGCGCUGGCGGCGGCGGACGCUGCAGCGGCGGCGGGGGGCUGGCGCCGCGGCGGCUCCCGGGCCGGGACAGGCCUGGGCACCGGGCGGAGCUCCGCGGCCGGGCGGCAGCGGCGCGGAGCGGGCACAGCGCCUGCAGCCGGGCCCCGGCCCCGGGGGCGCCGCCUCCGCCCGCAGCUUCUGCACGGCUGGCCUGCCACUCCUCCUGCUAUGAUGCUUGGGCAGAUCCCGGACCCUUCGGUGACCGCAGGCUCCCUGCCAGGGCGUGGCCCCCUGACCGGACUCCCCAGCUCGGCCCUGACUGUGGAGGAGCUGAAAUACGCUGACAUCCGCAACCUCGGGGCCAUGAUUGCACCCUUGCACUUCCUGGAGGUGAAACUGGGCAAGAGGCCCCAGCCCAUGAAAAGUGAGCUAGAUGAGGAAGAGGAGCGAAGGAAACGGCGCCGGGAGAAGAACAAUGUCGCAGCAGCCCGAUGCCGGAACAAGAAGGAGCACACGGAGUUUCUGUAGCGGGAAUCCGAGCGGCUGGAACUCAUGAACGCAGAGCUGAAGACCCAGAUUGAGGAGCUGAAGCAGGAGCGGCAACAGCUCAUCCUGAUGCUGAACCGACACCGCCCCACCUGCAUCGUCCGGACGGACAGUGUCAAGACUCCCGAGUCAGAAGGCAACCCGCUGCUUGAGUAGCUCGAGAAGAAGUGACCACGGGCUGGGAGGAAAUGGAGGAGGAGGAAGAGGAGGAGGAAAAGCGACGAAGAGGGAGGAGGAGGGGGGCCCCACAUGGCCCUUCCUUUGGUGCAUGAAAAACUGUACAAUGAGGUUCAGCACAGCCAGCAUCAGCCGAGCUUUUUUGUGAAACUAACAUCAGCCACCCAGGAGGAAGAGCGGGCUGAGGAAACCCAGAGGGACCAAGCGCUGAGACCAAAGUUGACCCUCGGGUAGGGUUAUCUUGCCUGGGGCCCCACUUGAAGGAGGCAGGACAGAGGCGCCGGGGCCAGGGAGACGCCCAAUGAGGCAGCCCUGGGCUCUUCUCCGGCCUCUUCACCAGGGCACCCAUCCGAGGAACCUCCGAACAGCCAGGAAAAGCCAUGAGUUGCAACCAAAAUGCGGCUGAGGAUGGAACUCAGAAUGAAACUGCAACCCACCUGCCCCUAGCCCUGCCCCUCACCCUGAUGCGAAACUGGAGAGGGGCGUGCUAUGGGGCCCUGAUGCCCCCACCCACCUCGGUCCAGCGCGGCCCUGCCCAGGAGGCGGCAGCCGGGCGCACCCUCGCCAGCCCUGCUGGAGUUUGCUGUGGGCACUGAGGCGCGGGCGCCCUUCCGAAGCACAUACUCACCGAAUGUUUACAGACUGGCUGUCCUGGCACGGCUUUCAACUGCACGUGUUUUUUAUACUUUCCUUUUUUUUUAAAUAUUUUUUACAAAAAAAGAUUUUAUACAAGCAAUAUAUAUAUGGAUUUCUAUAAUCACUCGAUGUAAUACAGUAUAAAUAUGCUAUGGUUUGUUUGUUAUGAACAGAUAGCCACCAGUUAAGGCCGUUGUGUGUAACUCCUAAGUACUGUAGUCUCUGGGUGUCGGGGGUGGCCAGGGCCGGGGCGAGGUGCAUUUCCAUCCUUGUAAACCCUUCAUAGUACUCAGUCCUGUAUCGCUCAGUAAACAUUGUUCUUACUUACACACACACACACACACACACACACACACACACACACAAAGACACAUUUUUCUAAAGUUCUGAGCUCUUUCUGUGUUUAUAAAUUUUACAUAAUCCAAAUAAAGUUAUCAAAGUGUUAACAUUUUUG